GCCACAGCGACAGACCAGCUGGUUGGAUUUGGCUUGGUUGCCUUCAGCCUCAUCCUCUUUGUUUACUACACCCUCUGGAUCAUCAUUCUGCCCUUCAUUGACAGUGACCAUGGGAUCCACCAGUACUUCUUGCCUCGGGAGUAUGCAGUUAUCAUCCCCGUGGUGGCUGGGCUGCUGCUGCUGCUAUUUAUAGGUGUUUUUAUAAUGGUUGUGACGUGGAAGAGCAGGAACCCUGCCAAGAAAUCUGACUGAAGGCUCAGCUGAGGAUAUGAGUAGAAGGUGCCCACCCUACAGCAUCGUAGCCAGGAAAAGACUUCUCCUGCAGCUCCAGGCAGACACCUCCUCCAGGGUGCCCAGCAUCACGCUGCUCCCAUGUUCCUUCCUGCAGAGACUAAACCUUCUGUAGUUUACAACUUACUGACCAAAGGGAAUCAGGACUCAUCCAAGGCUCAUCAAGUGAGGGACCAGAGCCCCUGCUGAGGACCUGCUCCCCAGCUGGGGCUCCCCCUGCCACCUCUGGGUACUCCUUCCCCUCUGCUAUGGCUCUGCCCAGUAGUUUGUUCCUUUUGGAGUUUUUUAAACGUUUACAUAC